UGGCCUUAUAGAAACCAGCCAGCCAACUUCCACCACGGCCAUGGUAUUUUGUGCACGGCGUGUGGUUCCAGGUUCUCUCCGUGUCCGAGGCUACAGCUAUGAGCGUGUAACCAUGACAACUGCGCUGUGAUUGGCUCCGCUGCACGGAGAAUUAACGAGGGCGUUAUCCAAUGUGAGCGCAGGCUGCGCGCAUGCAGCGGCAGGCAGGGGGAAAAAAACCUCGUGAUAAUCCAUGGCACAGUGAUGCGAAAGUGGCGACGUGAGGAGAGAGCGAAGGAAAUGACUGGAGCCCACAAAAACAAAAGGGAUGUUGUGCUACAAAUAACACAGCAGUGAUUAUUAAUGGCGUUUAAAGUGUGUGUCCGCGAGAAAACAUGCGCGCUCUGACCAUUAUUACGCAGCUCAUCAGCUGGCGCGGCUGAAAUCCUCCUCUCCUUUUUUUUGGAUUGUGGAUUGUGACAAGUGCCAGGAGGGACAACUACACCAAAACCAGGACCGGGACUUACAGCGGUUGCCGUGGAACUGUCACGCCUCCACCUGUGAGAAACUGGAGCUUCCUCCAGUGUUCGCUUGACAGACAGCGCACACUCCCGGAGCCAAGACGUUGUUCCGCGGAGACCCGGUUCCGAGCAGCGCAGUCCGUGCAGUGGGAAGGUCGGCACUCGGCUUCCUGCAGGCCGGAAACAUGAUGGUCCAAUGUGCCGGGUGCGAGCGGCCCAUCUUGGACCGCUUCCUGCUCAACGUGCUGGACAGAGCGUGGCACGCCAAGUGCGUGCAGUGCUGCGACUGCAACUGCAACCUCACCGAGAAGUGCUUCUCCAGAGACGGGAAGCUCUAUUGCAAAACGGACUUUUUCAGGCGGUUUGGCACGAAGUGUGCGGGCUGUCUGCAGGGAAUCCUGCCCAACGACUUGGUGCGCAAAGCCCGCAGCAAGGUGUUCCACCUGAACUGCUUCACCUGCAUGGUGUGUAACAAGCAGCUGUCCACGGGAGAGGAGCUCUACGUGAUAGACGAGAACAAGUUCGUGUGCAAAGAAGACUACUUGAGCACCGUGGCCAUUAAGGAAGUCAACUUGAAUUCAGUGUCAUCGUGUACGGACAGGAGUUUAUCGCCGGAUCUGCAGGAUCCAGCACAGGAGGACAUAAAAGAGACGGACAAUUCCACGUCCUCAGAUAAGGAAACGAACAAUAUUGAGAACGAGGAGCAGAACUCGGGGACGAAGCGGCGGGGGCCCCGGACCACCAUCAAGGCCAAGCAGCUGGAAACGUUAAAGGCCGCGUUUGUCGCCACGCCGAAGCCGACCCGACAUAUCCGGGAGCAGCUGGCGCAGGAGACGGGUCUGAACAUGCGGGUGAUCCAGGUUUGGUUCCAGAACAGAAGAUCCAAAGAGCGACGAAUGAAGCAGCUGAGUGCUCUGAGCGCCCGGCGGCACACCUUUUUCAGAGGCCCAAGGAGGAUGAGGUCUCUGGGAGGCCGGCUGGAGGAUGCAGACAUUUUGGGACCUGGGGCUUACGGUUACUACGGAGAAUACCAAGGUGACUAUUAUGGACCGGGGAAUAACUACGACUUCUUCCCUCACGGUCCUCCGUCUUCACAGGCUCAGUCUCCGGCUGAGUCUCCCUACAUGCUGGGCUCUGGGCCCGGAGCCAUGGAGGGAUCGGGACACCACCCUUCAGACGACCAAAGGUUCACGGACAUGAUCUCCCAUGCGGAAACACCGAGUCCAGAGCCCGGCUUACCCAGCUCCCUGCAGCCUGUCCCGGGGGAGGCAUACGGUGGUGGACCCAGUCCUCCUUUCUCCUUGGCUAGUAACUCCAGCUACAGCGCCCCUAUGUCUCACCAAGGCCAGGAGAUGGGAGAAACUACAGCCUGGUAAAGGAGGCACCACAGGGACUAUUCUUGGGCUGAAUGUCAUUUCAGUCUAGUUAAUUCAGGAGACGAGUGGAGGAAAAAAAGACAUUGUGGAGUGGAAAUAUCUAUGGAAGACGGUCAGCUGAUGAAUUGAUGGACACAGACAUGGAAUCCAGAAUGGGAUAGCUUAUUGGAAAAUAAAAUAAAGAAUAAUAUUUGCGGCCCAGUAAACGUUCCAAAGCAUAUCCUUCACUGGAUUACUGGACUUGAACUAUUUAAGUAAAAAAAAAGAAACUGUCGUGAUUCUACCCAGCAAAAUGCUUCUCGCCUUCCCCUCAAUGUUAACAAAGGUUUCUUCUAAUGCUCUAGGCAGGAACACAUUAGAGACAAAUGCCAAAGGGGACAUCUUCAUUUCUCACCACACGUUUGAACAUUGCUUCAAAGCAAUAUAGGUUUUUGUUGUUGGUUUUUUUUGUUCUUAUUUGAUUCUUUUUUGCUCUAUUCCUGUCUGUACUGCUUGACUACCACCAUACCCUCAAUACUAGAAAGACAAAGGACCCGGGUUUAAUAUACAGGCUCUAUUUCUCACACGUGGCAAUCAAUACAGGACAAAAAAACAAAAAAACAUCAACGCUCAUUUUACAUGUUCUUUUCUGUAAGACAGUGUCAAACCAAAAAUUGCACACACACACACACACACACACACAGUAACAAUCUAAUCUAUAGUAGAGAACCCAGCUAUAAGUCUUUUAAUGCUCCUAACGUAUUCUUGAUCAUAGCUUCAAAGAAGGAUGUCUACAACAUUAUUCAAAACACGGACACAAUUAUGCACACACACUCAGACACACACACACACACGUACACACCCAUCUCACACCCAUCCAGGCGGCCCUGAUAGUUCUGCUCCGCGCACUGCUUCACCUGACCUUCCUUUUGUUGCGCUCCCUUUUAAAAAACAUGUUUUAAUGGAAAUGAUUUUCAAAAGAACAUUGAACCCAUAAUGGAGAAUCUCCUUCAACAGCUGAGGUCUCCUUCCUCUAAAGAAAGAAAACAAAAGAGGGGGCAGACUACAUCUGUGACAUUACCAGUCUGCUCUGAAGCUCUCAUCGCCAUCUAGUGGCCAUGUUGGAAAACACUCAUCCAAAUGUGUGUGUGUGCGCGUGUGUCUUUUGCCAACUGAUAAUUCUGCAGUUUCAGGGCCAAGUCUCAUUAGAGCUCGGAUUUUGAAAAGCAAACACAAUAUUUUCAUUGUCUGUUACAAUGCCGCUACUGAAAGGUGACGCACACACACACACACACACACACACACACACAACCCAAGCUAUCUGAUAUUACUCAACACAAAACCUCCCACAAUCCCUUUCUCCAAAGACAUAGGUGCAUCUUUCAGCUGCGUGUCUUCAUGGCCCACGCGACACGUCUUACACAAAAACGCAUGUACAAGAAAACCCUGGUAAUGCUGAGUUAGCGCUAUUUGAAUAUUGUUUUGAAUUCAUUUGCAUUUCCUUUGGACACUGUACAAGAUCCAGAAAGAAUGUGUCUCAUUUCUAAUGUAUCGAGACAUCCUUGGAUACAGAGUGUGUGUGUGUGUGUGGGACUGUACGUGUGUGUGUGUGUGUGUGUGUGUGAGUACCUGAACGACUGAGGAUGUGUGUAUGUUUGCACUUGUGUGUGUGUGUGUGUGCAUUUGUGCACACUGCAGGGGUGGGGGAUUAGGGCAAGGCUGUAUUAUUUCUAUGUAAAUAGCACUGGUAAUAAAAACCUUCUCUUACAACUUAAAGAACUGUCCUCACUCAGUGUGGCUUUUGUUGGUUUUUUUUUACAUUUUCAGUUAAAUGUUCAUCCUCUUCUACAUUACAAUGGCACUUCACUACAUUUUAGAGGUAACUGUUGCUCUUCACACACGGAAUUCCACUUUAAAUCAACCAAAACCAAUAUGAAUUACACAGACUGACAACCUGACUGUUAUAGAUUAUAUUAAAGCGCAAGCAUCGAGUGUGUUUGUCUGUAAAUGUUGAAGACCUUUGUGGUUUUGUUUGUUUGUUUGUUUGUUUGUUUGUUUGUUUGAGCAGGCAGCGCAACCAGGAAGUUAAAGGUGAAAAUCAGAAUCAUUCUAAAUGUCAUCGUGUUAUCAGCAUCAUAAAAGACAAGAUUCAUCCUAAAGUCUGCAGCUUCCUUUUGAGAUUACUCAAAGACAUAUCUUUUGUUUGACGCUCAAUAAGUUAUGAACUCUUUGACAGCUGUCGUUAAUUUAAAGAAGACAAUUUUCUAAACACA